CUUGAGGUAAAACUAAGAUAAUUUUUAAUGAACUAUGGGACGAAAAUCCAAUCAACUUUUGGUUUUUAUCAACCAACGAGACGACUUCCAAUCAUUUCUCGGUAAGUUUUCUUCUCAUAAAGUAUGGAUUUCUUUAAUUUUUUUCUCAUUUCAAGCAGAAAGUCAGUCUCAUCCAAUAAUUCGAUCAAAUCACAUCACAAUGAUGUCUCUAAUGGCUGCCUGUGACAAAACUGAAGACUCAGAAAGGCUCAAAGACGUUGAAUCGCAAAUUGUGAUGAAAAAAAUUACUUUUUCGAAUAGCUCGCCUGUUGAUGAAGUAGAUGCCACAAUUAAUCGUGUAUCAAUUGACCGUCAACCUUCGUUAGAAAAGUUGCAGUUUAAUGCGAAACGAGCGAUUGUCGCUGGAAUGCUCGAUAUUACUUUGCUCACGAGCAAUGCGAAUCAAUUAAAGUACAUAACGGCACACGAUUUCAACGCGACGAACAUUUCCAUCAUUUUUCUCAUAUCGUUAUCUCUCUUUUUGCAAGUCUGUUCCGGUCUAAUGAUGAUUUACAAGCAUAGUGUCGUUUAUGCUGAUGGAAGUAAGCCAGCAUCGAAAUGUAUCGAAGUUACAUUGAUCGCUUUUGUCUUUCUCAUAACAGUCAUCAAUGUUGUGGCAUCAGUAUUUGCUCCAAAUGUUGCAGAUUCGCCUUUAAGACGAUUUUAGCUUCAAAUUUCUCUCAAAACUUUCCUUUCCAACUCCAACUUUACACGUAAUUCCUAAAAUCUACGACGAAAAAAAAAGUGAAAGGCUCACCUUGGAUUUUCGGGUGUCGGAUCCUGUCCCGUUACAUUGUGAUGCAACGCAAUGAAGACACUGGCGAGCGAACUGGUUGCCUGUAAUGCAAAAAAAAAUUAUAAUUUUCUUGUAAAAUCUUGUAAUAAAAUCCUUGCUACUUGUUAUUAUCGCUGGAAU